UUAAUUUAUUAUAUUAUGUCAUAUAAAUUCAUAUGUGUAUGUACUAUUUCAGGUAGCUUACAUGGAGGACGAUGACAUUCACAAGUUCAUGAGAAAGUUGAUGUCUCUGCUAUUUCUUCCGGCCGCUGAUGUCACCAGGUUAUUCCACAAGAUUUCGGAUCGGGUUCCAACUCAUGGCAAGCUGCGACAGCUGAUGGACUAUUUUGAGAGUCAGUGGAUCUCCCAUUCUAUAUUCACCCCCCGCACCUGGUCAGUCUUCAACAUCGCAGUCAGGACGAACAACUGUGUUGAAGGCUGGCACAGGCGAAUUAAUAACAAGGUGGGAGAACAGUCACUGGGGCUCUACAGGCUCAUGCCAGAGCUCCAUCAUGAGGCCAGCCUCCUAUCCAGACAAGGCUUAUACAAGAAGGAAGGCUGAAGGCGUACAUCCGCAGAUCAUCAACAGCUAGGCAGGAUGAGGUAUUUGAACUUUGGAGUUUGUUCAAGGAUGGUGACCUGUCUCUGUCACAACUACUGUCAAGAUGUGCGAUUAUCCACGGACCAAUCGUUUAGUGAAUUGCUGCAAUUCAUGAAAAGACAUUCUUGGGAUAUAUAAGCAUCCGGCCAAAUAUGGACUUUGACGUGUGAACAUGUGUUAUGUGUUAUGUUGACGGUGCUUUCGUUAUCGUCUUUAUAAUCUUGUUAUUUUAAUGCAAUGGG